UCUUUCUAUCGCAUUAAAUCAUUUCGUCUGUGAAUGCAUAGUCAUUGCGUUUGUUUUUUUUUUUAUUUGUGAUUUAAGCUGAAAAUUUAAUUCGAAGAAAAUUCCAGGAUACGCGACUCUGCUCUUAAAAAAAAAUUUCAAAAAUAAAUAAGGAAAAACAUAUUAAAUAAAAAUUUUAAUACUUAAAGAAAAAUGAUAAAAAUAAAGUUACAAUUUUAUUUAAAAACAAUUUCAAAGAUAUCCUGAAUUGAUAAAUAAAUAUAAUUCAAAUUAAAACAAUCUCAAACCAGGGAGAAAAAAUGUGUAGCCAGUGAAUUUAAGUAAAGUCCAAAAAAUUAAAACACCAAUUGCAAUUUAAGCAAAAAAAAUUUAUGAUAAAAACUUCAACUUCGGAUUAACACAACAAAUCAGCAUCAACAUCCGCAAACAUGCUCUACCCAAAAUUUCCUCGACGCACUCUAGCGCUAAUACUCUUUUGCAUGGUCAUUACACUUGGUGCAGUUGGAUCAAUAUUCUUAAUAUAUUUCUUCAAUGAAAACAGUACACCAUUAUUUGAUACACCAUUAAAAUCAGUUUAUGUCGAUGAUAAACCAAGUCAACAAUAUCGACAAAAUUUACUCGUUGACAAAAAUAAUGACUACAAAUCUGAUCAAGAAUUAUUGAGUAUUUAUUCGAAUUAUGUUGAAAAUGAACAAAUUCGUAUUGAAAAUAGCACAAAUUCAAUAUUAAAAGCUGCACAAGAUUUUGAAAGUGAUCGUAAGAAACAAAAAGAUGUUGUUGUUUCUACAAAAAAGACUAUCAAUUCGAAAGGACUAAAAGAUGCUUCUUCCGAUACAAUUUAUAUUGAUGAUUUUGAUAGACCAACUUAUAGUAGUAAGAGUCGAGGUGAAUUGGGUAAUAUUGAUUAUUUUGAUACAAUUUUGGUCGAUCAUAAGAUUGUCGAUACUAAAAUCCCAUCAUCGGUGGAGAAACUUAGUAGUGUCCAAAUUGAAGAAGCUUCACCUUCAAUCAUCUACAAGACCAGAAUUAUUUCCGAGUCUUCAGAUAGUAGUCUUGCCAAUGAAAGUGAAUUGAAACCAAGAAUCAACAACAAACGUCGUUGGGAUAAGAAUAAGUUGAUGAAACUGAGAAAAGAUGAUGAUGUUUAUGAUUCAGAGAUUGAAACUGCCGGAAGUGGCAGUGGAGACUUUUUCGACGAUACUGAAGUCAAUGAAGUCUUCAUAAAACAAUUGAAUACCCGACCAAAUAAAAAGGAAAAACUUUACCGUAAAUCAUCUAAAAUGAAUAAUUUACGAAGGAAAAAGAAACAUCGUGUAUUUAUCAGAGUUGGUGAUAAAUUCGUUUCAUCUUCACAACCACUUUCAACAAUGUCAUCCGAAGAUGAUAUUCCAUCAAAUUGGUCAUAUCAGAGAAAUUUUAAAAAGCUAUCUUCAUAUCCGACAAAUCCAACAAUUCACUAUUCGGAACCCUUGUCGCCAGGUAAGAAGCUGCUCGUCCCAGCAAUGUUCACCAACAGUGGUAGCAAUUCACCAACAUCUCCUUACAAUGAUAAUUUUCAAUCACAAUUGGAGUUGAGUGAAGUUGGAGCUACACCGGGAGUGAAAAAUUCAGAAAGUUCAUCAACUAAUUUGAGGGAAAUUGCGGUUGGAUCUUCGUCGAGUGGUGGUGAAAAUAAUGAGGCGUGGAUUGAGACUAGAACUAGACGGAUUAUGGGGAAUGUGAAGAAAAGUGAAGAACGUUCUCGACAGUUACUCUUGUGUGAAGAAGCUGGUGGCGGUGAAUUAUGCCGAAUGUUAUUUAAGGGUCAUAUCAAUGAUUAAGUUAACAAAUUGCACAAAAAAACAAAAAAAUAUAAAAACCCAAAAAUAAAUGUAUGUAACUAAUAAAAAAAAAGAAAGAAAACAAAAAAAAAAAACUGAAAAAAAUACUAAGGUGUGUUAGAAAAAAAAAAUGUUAGACAAAAAUAAAGAAGCUUUUUACAUAUCUUAAUUCAUAAACCAAAAUUAUAUAAUUAAAUCGAUAUAAGAAGCAGAAAUGAUUUGGUUUGUUUUAUAGAAAACAAACAAAACUUUUAAAAAAAUAAAAACAAAAAUGAAAAUGAAAAAACAAACGCACCAGGUUGCAUGAUAGACUUGAUCGUAGUUUGCAUACAAACAUUCCAGAUUUAAAUUUAAAAUUGAUGUAAAUAAAAAAAAAAAUUGAUACUUAAAAAACAACAACACUAGAAGAGCAAAAUAUUAUGAUUUCGAAAGGAAAGAAAAUGUUUUGUAAGUGACCUAUAGUCUUGAUAUACUAGUAGGACUGAGCUUCCGGUUCUAAACUACAAGGUACUGGACAACGACAGCAGAUCGGAAGCUUUCGUUCAUAAUAUUUGAUUCUGUAAUUUUGUAUUGAAUUUUAGGUUUCAAGUUUGCAAUACACAAAGCUAUAUAGUUCUUAAAAACCGUUAGGCAGGUGUCCUGACUUUUCUUCUAAAAAGGAU